AUGCUUCGUCCAAUCACCAUCAUCUUCGUCAGCCUCGCCAUCGCCGCUGUGGUGGGAGUUUGGGGUGUCUUUGCUUGGAAUGGGGGAUUUGAAGAGCUGGAUGUCGUCGUUAACAGGCAUCCUUCUACCCGUAUUCCCGGAUUCGGUCAUUUUCCACGUCUGGAUCGGGGACUCAUGUCCAUGGCGUCCUUCAAUCUCCCGGUCGUUGGCCGCGAGUCUCUCUUCUCUGGGGGGCGCCACUUCAUGGCGCAGUUUUUGGCCAACGUGUUUGCUAUCCCCAUCGUCCUGCUUACGGAGGAUUUUCGAGCGGCGCCAAGGAGCUUGGCACGAUACUCGACUUCGUGGGGACUGUUCUCCCAAUUGGCCACCUCGGCGGUUAUGUGUCCACUCUAUGGGGUCUGUUUCGCGCGACAAUCCGACCCUGGACGAAUCGCGGCUCUUCCCGGCCACUCCACUUGGGUAGUCUUGAUCAGCGUGCUGAUCGGCUAUGGGGCUCCGGCCGUGCUGACAUUCGACCCCUUCCAGUGGGGCCUCGAGCCUCAGAUCUGGGGGGUUCUGGCCUUUACUCUUUACCCACUGUACGUGUGUCUGACAGCGUCUCUGCUCAAGACCAUAAGCAGCAAGAGGGGGAGAUCCUCCCGCCACAUGCGGAUGGACCCGAAAUCGAACCUCCAAUAUGUCGUGGCCGGGAUGGUUGGGGUUGUUGGCCACCUGUCUUACAUCGGUAUCAACCUUGGCGAGCACACCGGAACGGCUGCCGCACGGCCGGAACGGGUCGCGCAACUUGUGUUGAAGUUUUUGCAGAUCGAUUAUGUGCUUACCUUUGCGGCCAUGUUGACUCUUGCCUGGCACGAACUGACGCAUUGUCGGAUCCUGUUGCAUUCCUGGCGGGUGGCCGGUUACUUGAUGCUUGGGUGGCUUUUCAUCGGGCCAGGCGCAACCCUCGCAGCUGCGUGGGCCUUGCGUGAGCGGUGGAUCCGCCAGGUGACUCAGGGGAAGCGAAAACAUUGA